AGAAAACAUGGGCCCAAUUAUUUUUUCCUCGAACAGCCUAAAUCCUGAUCCCACACAACUUUGUCUACCCUGUUAGUACUUUAAAAGUAGCAGGUUUUCAGAAUCACUUUCAUCUACUCCGCUGUGCCUUUGACCACGCAGUUAUUUGUUAUCCUCAGGACGAUUCCGAUCCGAAAGCCUCGCUACGCACAUUGACUUUUUCAAAAGCUUGUUGGACUUACUUGCUCGGUUUUAAUAUUCGCUGUGAACUAUGUUCAAACUCGCUUACUAAUUCUUGAAAAAAAAAGCCAUGGCAUUUUCAACAACCGCAAUCACGAUCAAGCCGCAGCGAGCUCGUCUGCGAGCUCGGAUUGGUGAAUACAGCGCGUGAGUGACGGGUACAAGCGAGGACACUGUCGGACAAGACCGGUGUCGCCGGAGCACGUGGUAACUACAAGACGGGAAGAACACGCUUUGGGUACGAAUUGCUACCUGGUCCCUAAUACGACUUUACUCACAUCACCACAAGGCCAUCGGAUCAUGGUGCUUUCUGAGCUGGGGAAGUCGCUUACGCAGAGCAUCCGCAAGUUCGGAGCUCGGCAAAGCGCACAGCAGACCGCGGAGGUGGAUGCCUUACUCGACGAGAUAGGCGAUGCGUUGUUAAACGCGGACGUUUCGGUGCCCUACGUGCAGGACCUGAAACAGCAAAUCAGAAAUGAGGUUUUGGAUGAGCAGGAGAUCCAAAAGCAGUGCGGCGUUUCCGGCGGCUUCACGAACUGCGGCACGCAGCAGAAGCAGCGGAUCCUUCAGAAGGCCAUCGUCCGACACCUGGCGGAGCUGCUCGCGGGCGAUCGACCAGGCUUCACGCCGAAGAAGGGCGACACGCAAGUGGUGCUGUUUGUGGGCUUGCAAGGGAGCGGAAAAACCACGACAAUAACCAAAUACGCGCAUUACUACAAGAUGAAAGGUAAGAGAAGAUUCAGUGCGCGGUUCAGCUAUUCAUGUGCUUUUUGAUGUUUGUUCAUACCUUAGUCCUCUUCGGAUGAUCAAGCUGGUUGUGCAAUAUGAAAAGAAACUUUUGUCUGACGUCGUAUCUAUGCAAUCAUUCGUUUUAAUAUUCGUUUUUUUUCCCACGACAGGCUUCCGCGUGGCCCUGGUCUGCGCAGACACGUUUCGCGCGGGGGCGUUCGACCAGUUAAAGCAGAACGCGUCGAAGAUCCACUGCCCGUUUUUCGGCAGCUACACGGAAACGGACCCGGUCGCCAUCGCGGAGGAGGGGUAUCGUAAAGAAAAAUGCCCCCACCCCCGAACUUGAAAGCAUUUGUAUUGCAAACCUUUCCAAAUGAAACAUUCGCCCUCUUGCAUGUAUCAGCAUCACAGAUUUCCGAUCGUGAAUAGGAAAAAUUUGUAUUGCAAAAGAUCGCAGCAAGAGCGGUGCUUGUCAUGCAAGCAAUGCGAAACACCACUAGAAUCUGCAUCAGAAAGAUUCAUAUUCCUUUCAUGCAUGACAAAAGGUUUUCAUUUGGAAACUUCGCAUCACAAAUUUUUGCAACUUUGGGGGUGGGGGGCACUUUUCACUGUAAUAAGGGGGUCGAGAAGUUCCAGAACGGCCGGGACCGGUACGACCUCAUUCUCGUGGACAGCUAUCAAAUGCAAAUGUGUCAUCUGGGUCUGGAAAAUUGCUAGGCUUGUCAUGCUAGUCCGGCAUGACUCGAGAAUCUGUGAUGCACGGGCACGAAAAUAAGGUCCUUUGGCUCUGGCCUGUCAUGCAAAAUCGCAGUUUGCCAUGCGGAAUACGCUACCCAUGAGCAGCUCAAAAAUUUGUCAUGCGGGGCUGCGUAUUGUAGUGCGCCUAUGGCUGAUUUUUGGCAUUACAACCUUCCAGACCCAGACAUAUUUGCACUGGAUAACGGCUCGGGCAGACACAAGCAGGAGCAAGCGUUGUUCGACGAAAUGGACCAGCUCCACACGGCGAUCGAGCCCUCGGCGGUCAUCCUCGUGAUGGACUCCCACAUCGGCCAGGCGGGGUUCAGACAAGCCGAGUCCUUUUCCAACUGCGUCGACAUCGGAUCGGUACAGAGAAGAGUAGUUUAAAAAUACUUCUUAGCUGCGUGAUGCCAAAAGGAGCAGUCGAACGCUUUAUGCAAAGCUGCGCAACAGAAAUUAAGUACUUAUUCUCGAAAGAAGAUAUGAACGAAACCAAAGGUUAUCCUGACCAAGAUGGACGAUAGUUCCGGCACGAAGAACAAGGGCGGCGGAGCCCUUUCCGCGGUCGCCGCCACCGGCGCGCCGGUCAUUUUCCUCGGUACCGGCGAGCAUUUUGAGGACUUCGAAAAGUUUGACGCCGAGGGGUUCGUGUCCAAACUCCUCGGGCUAGGCGACAUGAAAGUAUCCUGUGUAAAAUUAUCGUACUCGUAUUGCAGUCAUGCAUUACAAAUUUUUUUCUCAAGGUAAAUCCGCAUUACAAAUUGUAUUUCUCAUGCUGAGGAAAUUUGUCAUGCAUUUAUACGAGUGCGAUGCUUUUGCAGUUCAUAGAAGGGCUUGUUCAACGAAAUUUCGAACAACUUCCUCGACAUGGACGAGCUGAAGAAUAUCCAAGAGGGAAUAUCCUGUGUGAAAACGUCCUCUCGCCCCAUACGCAAAUUAUAAAUGGGAGUUCUGCAAGACAGGUCCUGGAAGAAUUGAGACUCAUGCAUGCCAAACUUGUCUUGGGCCUGCGGCUUAGUCAUGAUUGGCAUAUAAAGAUUUGGCCGCUCGCUCAUCCUAUUUCGAGCAUGACAAACAACGCGACUAGAAAAAGUUUCUCAUGGAGAGCCCCCCCGCAUGUUAGAAAAACAAAACUCCAAAGCGUGCAAAUCCGCACAAAAGCAAAGCUCUGGGUACUUAGUACUAGUUGGGGAUGAAGACGUUUUUCCACAGCAUGCAGCAACCCCGCGGACCCGAGUAAGUUCUUCAAGGGGGAGCACAAGAAUCUGUUCGGGAACAUAAUGGCCGGGAAAUUCACCCUGCGGAACCUGUACGAGAUGUUCAGCAGCAUGGGGCCGAUGGGCAACCUGAUGAACAUGCUGCCCGGCGGCAUGGCCGGCAUGCUUCCGCCGAACAUGGACAAGAAGCAGGCGCAGCAGCGGAUGCGGAAGUUGAUCGUGAUCAUGGACAGCAUGACCGACCAAGAGUUGGACGGCCUGGUGGACGUGAAGACGAACACGUCCCGGAGAAAACGGAUCCAGAGGGGCGCGGGCUUGCGCACCGACAUGGAACUGCAGCACCUGUUCACGGAACACACGAGGAUAGCGGAAAUGGUGUCGAAAAUGGGGGGCAUGGUGGACUUCAACAACCCCAUGGCCAUGAUGCAGAACAUGCGCAAAAUGAUGACGCCGGACAUGAAGAAACAAAUGAAGACCAUGCUGGGAGGUAUAAAUUCAGAUAGAAAAAAAACUUUGCAGCUUCGGCUGCUGUGUAAAUUCUUUUCGCAAUUAUUUUCUGGAAGAUCUUUCAUGAUGAAGUUUUGAUUUAGUAAAGUUUUGCAUUCAAAACAAGGUCCGAGCACGGGGACAGAGUCCCCGUGCGGCGACCUUCCGGCAUUUGUCUGGGACGAGUUCGGGGGUUGUGGUGGCACUGGGCAGGCAGACCCCUGCAGCCCGGUGUUUCUGUGUGGCCUGCGUCCCCUGAUCCGCGACAGAUCUGCGGACGGAGCCCCUCUGCUUGCCCACACUAGACCCGUUAACCUACCGCGAACAAAGAGAACAGAAAGGAAGAAGCUGGCGCCGGAUCUGCAGCUGGCCCCUAGGUCAUGGCGCGGGGACCGAGUCCCCACGCUGACCUGGGGCUUUUGCCCCUGGGCCGCGCGGCUAGUUUCCGGGAAACGCCCAAAGCUGGCCCCUAGGUCAUGACGCGGGGACCGAGUCCCCGCGCUGACCUAGGGCUUUGCCCCUGGGCCGUGCGGCUAGUUUCGGGGAAGCGCCCAGAGCUGGCCUCCAGGUCAUGACGCGGGCGGGGACCGAGUCCCCGCGCUGACCUAGGGGCCUUGCCCCUGGGCCGUGCGGUUAGUUUCCGGGAAGCGCCCAAAGCUGGCCCCUAGGUCAUGACACGGGGACCGAGCCCCUGGGCUGACCUAGGGCUUUUGUCCCUGGGCCGUGCGGCUAGUUUCCGGGAAGCGCCCAAAGUUGGCCCCGAGGCCAUGACGCGGGGACCGAGUCCCCGCGCUGACCUAGGGCUUUUGCCCCGCCUGGGCUCUGCGGCUAGUUUCCGGGAAACGCCCAAAGCUGGCCCCUAGGUCAUGACGCGGGGACCGAGUCCCCGCGCUGACCUAGGGCUUUUGCCCCUGGGCCGUGCGGCUAGUUCCCGGGAUGGAAGCGCCCAAAGCUGGCCCCUAGGCCAUGGCGCGGGGACCGGGUCCCCGCGCUGACCUAGGGCUUUUGCCCCUGGGCCGUGCGGUAGGUUAGUUUCCGGGAAGCGCCCAAAGCUGGCCCCUAGGUCAUGACGCGGGGACCGGGCCCCCGCGCUGACCUAGGGCUUUUGCGCCUCGGCCAUGCGGUUGGCUUCCGGGAAGCGCCCAAAGCUGGCCCCUAGGUCAUGACGCGGGGACCGAGUCCCCACGCUGACCUAGGGCUUUUGCCCCUGGGCCAUGCGGCUAGUUUCCGGGAACGAAGCGCCCAAAGCUGGCCCCCAGGUCAUGACGCGGGGACCGAGUCCCCGCGCUGACCUAGGGCUUUUGCCCCUGGGCCGUGCGGUUAGUUUCCGGGAAGCGCCCAAAGCUGGCCCCUAGGUCAUGACGCGGGGACCGAGUCCCCGCGCUGACCUAGGGCUUUUGCCCCUGGGCCGUGCGGUUAGUUUCCGGGAAACGCCCAAAGCUGGCCCCUAGGUCAUGCCGCGGGGACCGAGUCCCCGCGCUGCCCUAGGGCUUUUGCCCGUGGGCCGUGCGGUUAGUUUCCGGGAAACGCCCAAAGCUGGCCCCUAGGUCAGACCUAGGGCUUUUGCCCCUGGGCCGUGCGGUUGGUUUCCGGGAAGCGCCCAAAGCUGGCCCCUAGGUCAUGACGCGGGGACCGAGUCCCCGCGCUGACCUAGGGCUUUUGCUCCUGGGCCGUGCGGUUAGUUUCCGAGCGGGAAACGCCCAAAGCUGGCCCCUAGGACAUGACGCGGGGACCGAGUCCCCGCGCUGACCUAGGGCUUUGGCGCCUCGGCCAUGCGGUUAGUUUCCGGGAAGCGCCCAAAGCUGGCCCCUAGGUCAUGACGCGGGGACCGAGUCCCCGCGCUGACCUAGGGCUUUUGCGCCUCGGCCAUGCGGUUAGUUUCCGGGAAGCGCCCAAAGCUGGCCCCUAGGUCAUGACGCGGGGGCCGAGUCCCCACGCUGGCCUAGGGCUUUUGCCCCUGGGCCGUGCGGCUAGUUUCCGGGAAGACCCCAAAGCUGGCCCCUAGGUCAUGCCGCGGGGACCGAGUCCCCGCGCUGCCCUAGGGCUUUUGCCCGUGGGCCGUGCGGCUAGUUUCCGGGAAGCGCCCAAAGCUGGCCCCUAGGUCAUGACGCGGGGACCGAGUCCCCGCGCUGACCUAGGGCUUUUGCUCCUGGGCCGUGCGGUUGCUUUCCGGGAUGUAAGCGCCCAUAGCUGGCCCCUAGGUCAUGACGCGGGGACCGAGUCCCCGCGCUGACCUAGGGCUUUCGCCCCUGGGCCGUACGGUGUCCGGGAAGCGCCCAAAGCUGGCCCCCAGGUCAUGACGCGGGGACCGGGUCCCCGCGCUGACCGAGGGCGCCUUUCGUCCCUGGGCCUUGCCGACGGGGCCCGGGAAGCUCGACAGGCUGGCGGCUCUCGUGAGCGUGACAAACUGGAGUCCGCCAUUGCACAUCUCGCGUGGCGAGGUCCCGAAAUGUGUCCGGGGUGUGUCCGAAAGUCUGCCCGGGGUGUGUCGGAAAGUCUGCCCGGGGUGUGUCUGGGGUAUGUUCGGACUUUUUGCCUGGGGUGUGUUCGGGGGUCUGUCUGGGGUAUGUCUGGGGUGUGUCUGGGGUGUGUCUGGGGUAUGUUUAUACCCCGCCUGUUGCUUUUUCGCCAAAAAAUUGUAAUCCGCCCGUGAUUGACGGCCAUUUGCAUACCCCUGACACACCCCCGAACAUACCCCCGAACAUACCCCUCGCCUGCAUUUUUGACCAGUUGCUGCAGUUUAGAUAGUAAUCUUCAUCUUCUUGCGAUCAACACGUACAAAAUCUUUUCUCUCAGGAAUGGGCGGAAUGGGAGGCAUGGUGGAACAGAUGAUGGAAUCUAUGGGGAUGGGCAAGAUGCCCGCGGUAUGAAUUGCAAAUAUGUCUGGGUCUGGAAGAAUACAACUUGUCAUGCUAAAUCUGAAGCAUGCAAAAAUCUGUGUUGCAUGAUUAACAAAAGUCGUCCAGUUUUGACCAAGUUGGGAGGGAGGUUCUCAUGCAGGAUAGGCAUGAGAGAGAUCGCACAGAAUCUGUCAUGCUAGGUCCUGCAUUCCAGACCUCCUGGGUCAUGCAAAAUCUGCAUGACAAAUCUCGCAAUCUUCCAGACCCAGACAUUUUUGCAUUUGAUACGCGGGGAUGGUGGACAACAUGCUCGGCAGCUUUCUCAACGACGACAGUUCGGGUACUGACCCCAUGAGCCAGAUGCUGAACGCCGCCGGAGGUGGUCCGUCCCCCGCAACCCCCUCCGCCUCCUCCUCCGGCGGAGGGGGCCAUCAGACCGUCACCCCCUCCACCCACCCGACGUCUGGCUUCAAGCACCUCAUCCUGAAACAGAAUACGGAGGUGCGGAUUCAAGGCUUGAAGUCCCGGCCCGCGGAAAACGGGAAAGUCGGAAAAAUCCUCGCGUUUGACGAAGCAAAACAGCGCUACAUGGUCGGAAGCAUACCCGGCGUGGACCAACCUCUAUCUCUGAAGCCCAGCAAUUUCGUCCAGACCAAAGCGAAAGUGGUGCUGUUUAGUGGAGCAUCUACUUCAUCCGGGGAUGGUACAGGGGCAGGACAGUCAGAGCCUGGUGCUAGUAAUGCAACAGAAACGACGAGUAGUAGUAGUCCAAGUGGUCCUGCGGCACCUAUUUCUGUCCCCUACGACGUGGUUGACAUGUCUUCCUCCGCAGCAGCCCGAUUUGCGGAUAUAGAAGGACCUUCAAAUAGCCCAAGCCCCUCUCCUGAUAGUAGUACUUCUUCUACGCUAGCGACAUCAAGCGACCCAGCCGGAGCACGGCCCGAGUCUCACCUGGUGGAAUCGUUGCAGGAUGCAGUGUUUCGAGUGAAAAGAGCAGCGGCGCCGGCAUCCUCCUCCAGCGACGCAACAAGUACCCCCGACACCACCACAGCGACGCUGGACGGGAAACAGUGCCAACUCUCGAAAGGCCAGGCGGUGCGGGUGCAUGGUUUGCAAAGCGAGAAGGGAAAAGUGUGGAACGAUAGCUACGGCAUCGUUUUAGGGUACGAUCCGGAAGCAAACCGGUAUGCCAUACACAUGGGCGACGCGCAACCCUUGAAAAUAAAACCUGCAAACAUGAGUUUGUGACUUCAGGAAUGGGGUUAGUUUAGUAAAAUGUGCUUCAGUACGAGGAAGUCGGUAUGGCCAGUUGAGGCAUAGUAUUACGAGCGACUGAUCGACGUCACUGAGGAACGUGAAAAAGAAAAGCCACCUCAUUGCCUUAGCACCUUUGUUCAUCUUUGUCCACCGCUCG